AUGGCAAGAAGAUUGGAGAUCCGGAACAAACGGCAGAAGCCCAUUAAAAAGCAGAUCACCGAUUGGCGACUCGGUUCUUGGAACUGCAGGUCUCUAAACUUUCUGGGUUUCGAAUUCGCUUUGGCGAAAGAGUUGCAACCUCGCAACUUCGAUGUUGUGGCACUGCAGGAGGUGUGCUUGGAGGAGGAGCAGGUGCUCGACUGGCCAGGUCGGCAGACCGAUUCCCGGUUUUUUCUGAGCGGCGGCAAGGACAAGAAGCUGGGUACCGGCUUUAUUGUGCGGGGCAAGAUGCAGGAUCGCGUGUUCGGCUUCACGGCGAUCAGCGAGCGGAUGUGCAAGUUGAGGAUAAGAGGCCGUUUCUUCAACUAUAGCAUCAUCAACGUGCACUGCCCCCACGAGGAAAAGUCCGAUGAUGAAAAGGAAGCAUUUUACGCGACGCUGGAGGAGGUGUAUGACGGCUGUCCGCGGCAGGAUGUGAAACUCAUCAUUGGGGACAUGAACGCUCGCCUCCCGGGGAAUGGUGGUCAGGAGCACCUACUUUCCUCGCAAGGACAUCCACAAAGCCACCUGGACAUCACCUGA